AUGGCACCAAGACGUUAUGCCCAUGAAGGGGUACUCAUUCGCACGCUACUCCCGACUGUCCCCGCGCCUGGUGUCCAGCCUAAUUUCUUUUUGAGCGGUGGAUUUGUGCUUGUCAGAAUCAUUAAGAGGAACGUUUUCCUCGUCCAAACCCGUAACACCAAUGAACUUCUAUUCGUGAAACUAGUGCACAGGGUCAACCGUCCAGGUAUCCACGGCAUUCAGCCUGGUGAGUUUAUGUACGAUGAACCGCCAGAGUUUAGGAUCUCAACUGCUGAGGCUGCGACUGUUCUCCAGUUACCGUCCGACCCUCCACAAUUCACCAGGUUAAGGACCUACCAAAACAACAAUGAACAUUGGGCACUUUAUUUCGAGUACUGCAAUGGAGGGACGCUUGAGUCAUUCAGAGAUCAAUACUAUCAAAAGGGAUGGAGAGUCCCAGAGCAUUUUAUUUGGCAUGUUAUGGCUGAACUAUGUUGGGCGCUUUCGUAUCUUCAUUUCGGUAUAGCAACAAACAUGCAAAAUCUUGCCCGGCCUAGCUGGGAACAAUUAAGACCAGCCGAUGGCUGGAGACCGUGCUAUCAUAGAGAUCUGGAUAUGAGUAACAUCUUACUUCAUUUCCGACCCCGAAGAGGUCAGCUAGCUGCCGCCGGCUAUAAGCCAAAUGCUUUUCCGGAGGUAAGGCUAGCAGAUUUCAGUGAUUCUGCUUCGAUUCUGGAUAAUGCACAUCAUCUCCGACCAGGAAAAUUCCCAAACGAACCGAUACCGAAUGCUUGGGAAGACGUGUACCAACUCGGGCGCAUCUUGCGUAGCUUAUGCAUGACUCACGUUAGAUUCCCUAUGGACGAUGAACAUAAUCCCAACAACGUAAUACCAAACCAGAUCAAGGACGAAUCGCUUCGAUGGGACCACCGUCCAGAUAGCCGGCGGCUUGACCAUGUCAAUGCUAUUCCAGGGAAUGGGGGACAGUUGUAUUCGUCUGAGUUGAUGCGUAUACUUCGAGAAUUCGAGUGGCAAAAUCAAGAGAAUGCUCAAGUCGACUCAAUCGGCAACAAAGGAAACGCGGUACAAGAUAUGGCAUGGGUUGCUGGAUAUCUGCUACCUACCGCACAUGAUCGUAUUCGAGAGUAUACGAGGGGUAGGAAGCGUAACGGAUUUUACACCGAAUUGGACGUCUCUUGGGCUAAACCGUGGGGACCGAUGCCCAUGGUUAUCGACAGAGCGGAUCCUAAUCUAGACGCCACUUUAGAAAAUGCUGGUCUUUUGGGCCCUGAUUCGACCGCUGUGGGUGUAGAACCUAUUGGCCUCGAAUACGUUGCGCCAAAUGUUACCGAGAACCUAGGGGGACCGUAAAGUACAGUGCAAGUUUUAUUUUGGGAACUUAAAUAGCUAUUAGUAGUGUGUGUAUAUUGUAAAUGAAGUAUAUACGUAACCUUUAAUAAUUUUUAUUAAGAAAUGAUGAAGAAGGGUGUAAUAUGACCUAGGUACCUAGGUAUAUAUACCUAGAUAGUUGAAGAGUGAAGCUUCUGACCAAUAGCAAUGAUCUUUAUCAUGUGCGAAGCGGAACAUUUCCGCUGAGCCACAGUCUUAUUGGCUGUAUUGGAGCAGUGUGGGCGGCUGCAUAGUGGGGAGUUAAUGUAUUUAGUGGGUCUUUGCUGUACACCGCCCGGCAAAAAAA